CCCCCGCGGCCACGGCAAGGCUGGCUCUGGGAAGAGGAAGAAGAACAUUCGCCCUCCUCCUACCAGCGCGCGGGCGGCGGCGGCGGCGGCACCGGGGUCACGAACUCUGACCUUUCACUGACAAAAACAAUAACAAACCCCUCCUUCCUCGCGACCCCGGCGGCGCCUCCGGGCCCGCCCGCGCCGCCCCGCUCCCACCUUGGCGUCUCGUCUCUCGCCCGCUGACCUGCGAGCCCGCGGCCCGGGGCUCCCGCCAUCCGCCGACGCCGGGAAGCCGGCCUCCCCGCGCCCUGCCCUCCGCGCCGGGGGCCGCCCGCCGCAGACACGGGACCUGCUUCGAGGUCGCUUUGGCGCCAAAUCCUGAGGUUCUCUAAUGAUCUUGCUUCACCAUGGCUACAAAUAUGGAGGGGCUGGUUCAGCACAGAGUGGGGACCCAGCAGGUGGCUGAGGUACCACGUACACAGACUUCUCGGCCGGAAUCUCCAGGGAUGACCAGCCCCUCCCCGCGCAUCCAGAUAAUCUCCACUGAUUCUGCGGUAGCCUCACCUCAGCGCAUUCAGAUCGUGACAGACCAGCAGACAGGACAGAAGAUCCAGAUAGUCACCGCAGUGGACGCCUCCGGAUCCCCCAAGCAGCAGUUCAUCCUGACCAGCCCAGAUGGAGCUGGAACUGGGAAGGUGAUCCUGGCUUCCCCGGAGACCUCCAGUGCCAAGCAGCUCAUAUUCACCACCUCGGACAACCUCGUCCCUGGCAGGAUCCAAAUCGUCACGGACUCUGCUUCUGUGGAGCGUCUUCUGGGGAAGGCCGACGUCCAGCGGCCCCAGGUGGUAGAGUACUGUGUGGUGUGUGGCGACAAAGCCUCAGGCCGUCACUAUGGGGCUGUCAGUUGUGAAGGUUGCAAAGGUUUCUUCAAAAGGAGCGUAAGGAAAAAUUUGACCUACAGCUGCCGGAGCAAUCAAGACUGCAUCAUCAAUAAACACCACCGGAACCGCUGUCAGUUCUGCCGGCUGAAAAAAUGCUUAGAGAUGGGCAUGAAGAUGGAAUCUGUGCAGAGUGAACGGAAGCCCUUUGAUGUGCAGCGGGAGAAACCAAGCAAUUGUGCUGCUUCAACGGAGAAAAUCUACAUCCGGAAGGACCUGAGAAGUCCUCUGAUAGCCACGCCCACAUUUGUGGCAGAUAAAGAUGGAGCAAGACAAACAGGUCUUCUUGAUCCAGGGAUGCUUGUGAACAUCCAGCAGCCUUUGAUACGUGAGGAUGGUACGGUUCUCCUGGCCACAGAUUCCAAGGCUGAAACAAGCCAGGGAGCCCUGGGCACACUGGCAAAUGUAGUAACUUCCCUUGCCAACCUAAGUGAAUCCCUUAACAAUGGUGACACUUCAGAAAUGCAGCCAGAGGACCAGUCUGCAAGUGAGAUUACUCGGGCAUUCGACACCUUAGCUAAAGCACUUAACACCACAGACGGCUCCUCGCCUCCAAGCCUGGCGGACGGGAUGGACGGCAGCGGAGGAGGGAGCAUCCACGUCAUCAGCAGAGACCAGUCCACACCCAUCAUUGAGGUCGAAGGCCCCCUCCUUUCAGACACUCACGUCACAUUUAAGCUCACGAUGCCCAGCCCGAUGCCCGAGUACCUCAAUGUGCACUACAUCUGCGAGUCCGCGUCCCGCCUGCUCUUCCUCUCCAUGCACUGGGCCAGGUCCAUCCCGGCAUUUCAGGCACUUGGGCAGGACUGCAACACCAGCCUGGUGCGGGCCUGCUGGAACGAGCUCUUCACCCUCGGCCUGGCCCAGUGCGCCCAGGUCAUGAGCCUCUCCACCAUCCUGGCCGCCAUCGUCAACCACCUGCAGAACAGCAUCCAGGAAGAUAAACUUUCUGGCGACCGGAUAAAGCAAGUCAUGGAGCACAUCUGGAAGCUGCAGGAGUUCUGCAACAGUAUGGCGAAGCUGGAUAUAGACGGCUAUGAGUAUGUUAGCACUUAUAAUCCAGUACAGAUUGAAACUGCACAAGUUUACCCACAGUCUCUGUAGGGCAGUAGCAGCAGCAGCUGCAGGGCAUGCCAAAAGGUGUGGUCACAGCAGAUGAAGAAGAGGCAGCAGGACUGUUGGUGGAAAGUAAGAGUCGACCGGGCUGGCCUCACUCACUCCCCGUCAGCUGUUCCCUCUGAGCCUCCUGAGAGGCCAUUUGGUGACUGUUGUCCUCGACAGCAGGGGUGGACCCAGCUUAACCUCUCUGUCCCACUGCCCCGGCCCCCUACUCAUGAAUAACAAAAUAGCUAAUAAAAAUGGGAGACGCUAUGUGAUUAAAUAUCUAGAGAGCAGAUGAUAAUUUCUAAUUUCAUGUGGUAUAUGUUGUCUGGAGUAAGGAAGGAAGCCACAGGUCUAGAACCAGCCCCAUUGGGGCUGCUGAGGCUGAUGUGAGCACCCAGGGGCCGCACUUCUCCUGGGAACCUUCAGGUCUUGGCAGAGCACAGAGGAAGAGCCAGUGUUCUAGCAAGAGUAUCCAAACUAGACCAGCCUUCAGAGCUCAAUCUAUUGCACUUGAGAAAUUUGUCAGAAGUUUUACUAAAAAUAAGUACUGAGAAGUCUGCAAAUGAGGCUUUCCAAAUACAGAAGACAAUU